AGCUGCUGUUGUAUGAGAGAGGCUGGAUGAACAGAUGGAAGCCUUCAGUUUUACACGAAGGGGAAGGAAAUAUAAGAAAUGUGAAAUGGAGAGGACACUUAAUUGCUUGGGCCAAUAAUAUGGGCGUGAAGAUACUCGACAUGGUCUCCAAGCAAAGAAUUACCAAUGUGCCUCGAGAUGACAUAAGCCUUCGCCCAGAUAUGUAUCCCUGCAGCCUGUGCUGGAAGGAUAAUUUAACGCUGAUUAUUGGCUGGGGAAAUUCAGUAAAGAUCUGCUCAGUGAAGGAGCGCCAUGCCAGUGAGAUGCGCGACCUUCCCAACCGCUAUGUGGAAAUAGUUUUCCAGUUUGACACUGAGUUCUACAUCAGUGGACUUGCCCCUCUCUGUGACCAGCUGGUUAUACUCUCAUACGUAAAGGAGAUUUCUGAAAAAACGGAGGUGGAGUGUUGUGCAAGGCCUAGGCUGGAUAUUGUGCAGCCCCUACCUGAGUCCUGUGAAGAGAUCUCUUCUGAUGCACUAACAGUACGAGGAUUUCAGGAAAAUGAGUGUAGAGAUUAUCAUUUAGAGUAUUCGGAGGGUGAAUCGCUUUUCUAUAUCAUCAGCCCAAGAGAUGUGGUGGUGGCCAAAGAGCGGGACCAAGAUGACCACAUCGACUGGCUUCUUGAGAAGAAGAAAUAUGAAGAAGCUUUGAUGGCAGCUGAGAUCAGUCAGAAAACCAUAAAAAAGCACAAGAUUUUGGACAUUGGCUUAGCCUAUAUAAAUCAUCUUGUGGAGAAAGGAGAGUAUGACCUGGCUGCUCGAAAGUGCCAGAAAAUUCUUGGCAAAAACACAGAACUCUGGGAAUUUGAAGUUUACAAGUUUAAAGAAAUAGGUCAGCUUAAGGCAAUUAGUCGUUACUUGCCCAGACGGGACCCGGUUUUGAAACCUCUGAUCUAUGAAAUGGUCCUGCAUGAGUUUUUGGAGAGUGACUACGAGGGGUUUGCAACCCUGAUAAAAGAGUGGCCUGGAGAUCUCUACAACAACACAAUCAUAGUUCAAGCUGUAGUGGAUCACCUGAAGAAAGAUCCACAGAACAGGACUUUGCUACGAACGCUUGCAGAAUUGUACACUUACGACCAACGCUAUGGCAGAGCCCUAGAAAUUUACCUAACCCUGAGGCACAAAGAUGUCUUCCAGUUGAUCCACAAGCACAAUCUUUUCAGUUCUAUCCGAGACAAAAUUGUUCUGCUCAUGGAUUUUGAUUCAGAGAAAGCAGUAGACAUGCUUUUGGAUAAUGAAGACAAAAUUUCUAUUGACAGAGUUGUUGAAGAAUUGGAGAACAGGCCUGAGCUACAGCACGUGUAUUUGCACAAGCUUUUCAAAAGAGACCACCAUAAAGGCCAACGGUAUCAUGAGAAACAGAUCAGUCUUUAUGCCGAGUAUGAUCGCCCAAACUUGCUGCCUUUCCUCAGGGACAGCACACACUGUCCACUAGAGAAGGCUCUUGAAAUCUGCCAACAGAGGAACUUUGUAGAGGAGACAGUCUAUCUUCUGAGCAGAAUGGGAAAUAGUCGUAGUGCCUUGAAGAUGAUAAUGGAAGAAUUGCAAGAUGUAGACAAAGCUAUUGAAUUUGCCAAGGAGCAAGAUGAUGGAGAACUUUGGGAAGACCUCAUUUUAUAUUCUAUCGACAAGCCACCUUUCAUUACUGGUUUGUUGAACAAUAUUGGAACCCAUGUCGAUCCCAUUCUUCUGAUCCACCGAAUUAAGGAAGGCAUGGAGAUUCCUAAUUUGAGAGACUCACUGGUGAAAAUUCUUCAGGACUACAACUUGCAGAUCUUGCUGAGGGAAGGCUGCAAAAAGAUACUUGUUGCUGAUUCUCUUUCUUUGCUGAAGAAAAUGCACCGAACUCAGAUGAAGGGUGUUCUAGUGGACGAGGAGAAUAUCUGUGAAUCAUGCCUGUCUCCAAUACUUCCUUCAGAUGCAUCCAAGUCCUUCAACGUGGUCGUGUUCCACUGCAGACACAUGUUUCACAAGGAGUGCCUCCCAGUAUCUAACACAGUAUCCUCUGUCCAGUUCUGCAACAUAUGCAGUGCCAAACACCGAGGGCCAGGAAGUGCAAUCCUGGAGAUGAAGAAAUAGCAGUCCCCUAGUUGUCCAUGCCAGUCUGUGACACCAGAUCUGUUAGGACCAUGCAGAACCACUGCAGCUUCUGUUAAUCAUUUCUGUAUAUAAUUCUGAUUGUGAUUUAGAACUGGUUUCUGUAAGUUAUCCAGCUUAUUGAACAUUUUGGGGAAGGAGAAAAUGUGCAAAUCUUUCCUUGUAAUACAGUCUUUGUUAUGCAAUUCAUGGGUCACUGUUCCUGUGCUCAGCUCAUUACCUAACUCUGGAACAGAAAAGAGAAAUAAAAUGGGAAGGAAAA